AUGGCACAGACACUGUUGGUACCCCCAGGACCUGAAAGCUUCCGCCUUUUUACUAGAGAAUCCCUUGCUGCUAUCGAAAAGCGUGCUGCAGAAGAGAAAGCCAAGAAGCCCAAAAAAGAGCAAGACAAUGAUGAUGAGAACAAACCAAAGCCAAAUAGUGACUUGGAAGCUGGAAAGAACCUUCCAUUUAUUUAUGGAGACAUUCCUCCAGAGAUGGUGUCAGAGCCCCUGGAGGACCUGGACUCCUACUAUAUCAAUAAGAAAACUUUUAUAGUAUUGAAUAAAGGGAAGGCAAUUUUCCGGUUCAGUGCCACCUCUGCCUUGUAUAUUUUAACUCCGCUAAAUCCUGUUAGGAAAAUUGCUAUUAAGAUUUUGGUACAUUCUUUAUUCAGCAUGCUUAUCAUGUGCACUAUCUUGACCAACUGUGUAUUUAUGACCUUGAGUAACCCUCCAGACUGGACGAAGAAUGUAGAGUACACGUUCACUGGAAUCUAUACCUUUGAGUCCCUUAUAAAAAUCCUAGCAAGAGGUUUUUGCUUAGAAGAUUUUACAUUUCUUCGUGAUCCAUGGAACUGGCUGGAUUUCAGUGUCAUUGUGAUGGCAUAUGUGACAGAGUUUGUGGACCUGGGCAAUGUCUCAGCGUUGAGAACAUUCAGAGUUCUCCGAGCACUGAAAACAAUUUCAGUCAUUCCAGGAUUAAAGACCAUUGUGGGGGCCCUGAUCCAGUCGGUGAAGAAGCUUUCUGACGUCAUGAUCCUGACUGUGUUCUGUCUGAGCGUGUUUGCUCUAAUUGGGCUGCAGCUGUUUAUGGGAAACCUGAGGAAUAAAUGUUUGCAAUGGCCCCCAAGCGAUUCUGCUUUUGAAACCAAUACCACUUCCUACUUUAACAGCACAAUGGAUUCAAAUGGGACAUUUGUUAAUGUAACAACAAACACAUUUGACUGGAAGGAUUACAUUGGAGAUGACAGUCACUUUUAUGUUUUGGAUGGACAAAAUGAUCCUUUACUCUGUGGAAAUGGCUCUGAUGCAGGCCAGUGUCCAGAAGGAUACAUCUGUGUGAAAGCUGGUCGAAACCCCAACUAUGGUUACACAAGCUUUGACACCUUCAGCUGGGCUUUCUUGUCUCUGUUUCGACUCAUGACUCAGGACUAUUGGGAAAACCUUUAUCAGUUGACAUUACGUGCUGCUGGAAAAACAUACAUGAUAUUUUUUGUUCUAGUCAUUUUCUUGGGCUCUUUUUAUUUGGUGAAUUUGAUCCUGGCUGUGGUGGCCAUGGCUUAUGAGGAACAGAAUCAGGCCACCUUGGAAGAGGCAGAACAGAAAGAAGCUGAAUUUCAGCAGAUGCUUGAACAGCUUAAAAAGCAACAAGAAGAAGCUCAGGCGGUAGCAGCAGCCUCAGCAGCCUCAAGGGAUUUCAGUGGAAUAGGCGGCCUAGGAGAGCUCCUGGAAAGCUCCUCAGAGGCGUCAAAGUUAAGCUCCAAAAGUGCUAAGGAGUGGAGGAACCGAAGGAAGAAAAGAAGACAGAGGGAGCAUUUGGAAGGAAACAGCAAGGGAGAGGAAGACAGGUUUCCCAAAUCUGAAUCUGAAGACAGCGUCAAAAGAAGAAGCUUCCUUUUCUCUAUGGAUGGGAACCGACUGACUGGUGACAAGAAAUUCUGUUCCCCCCAUCAGUCUCUGUUGAGUAUCCGUGGAUCCUUGUUUUCCCCAAGACGCAACAGCAAAACGAGCAUUUUCAGCUUCAGAGGUCGGGCAAAGGAUGUGGGAUCUGAAAAUGACUUUGCUGAUGAUGAGCACAGCACCUUUGAAGACAGCGAGAGCAGGAGAGACUCACUGUUUGUGCCACACAGACAUGGAGAGCGACGCAACAGUAACGUUAGUCAGGCCAGUAUGUCAUCCAGGAUGGUGCCAGGGCUUCCAGCAAAUGGGAAGAUGCACAGCACUGUGGAUUGCAAUGGUGUGGUUUCCUUGGUGGGUGGACCGUCAGCUCUAACGUCACCUACUGGACAACUUCAGCCAGAGGUGAUAAUAGAUAAGCUAGCUACUACUGACGGCACCACCACUGAAACAGAUGUGAGAAAGCGAAGGCUAAGUUCUUACCAGAUUUCAAUGGAGAUGCUAGAGGAUUCCUCUGGAAGGCAAAGAGCCAUGAGCAUCGCCAGCAUCCUGACAAACACAAUGGAGGAACUUGAAGAAUCCAGACAGAAAUGUCCGCCAUGCUGGUAUAGAUUUGCCAAUGUGUUCUUGAUCUGGGACUGCUGUGAAGCAUGGUUAAAAGUAAAGCGUCUUGUGAAUUUAAUUGUUAUGGAUCCCUUUGUUGAUCUUGCCAUCACUAUUUGCAUCGUCUUAAAUACCCUCUUCAUGGCCAUGGAACAUUACCCCAUGACGGAUCAAUUCAGUAGUGUGCUGGCUGUGGGAAACCUGGUGUUCACUGGGAUCUUCACAGCAGAAAUGGUUCUCAAGAUUAUUGCCAUGGAUCCCUAUUAUUAUUUUCAAGAGGGCUGGAAUAUCUUUGAUGGAAUCAUUGUCAGUCUCAGUUUAAUGGAACUUGGUCUUGCCAAUGUGGAGGGAUUGUCUGUACUGCGAUCAUUCAGACUGCUCCGAGUUUUCAAGUUGGCAAAGUCCUGGCCCACACUAAAUAUGCUAAUUAAGAUCAUUGGCAAUUCCGUGGGGGCGCUGGGUAACCUCACCUUGGUAUUGGCCAUCAUUGUCUUCAUUUUUGCCGUCGUCGGCAUGCAGCUGUUUGGUAAGAGCUACAAGGAAUGUGUCUGCAAGAUUUCCAGUGACUGCAAACUCCCCCGCUGGCACAUGAAUGACUUCUUCCACUCCUUCCUGAUCGUGUUCCGUGUCCUAUGUGGAGAGUGGAUAGAGACCAUGUGGGACUGUAUGGAAGUUGCUGGUCAAACCAUGUGCCUUAUCGUUUUCAUGCUGGUCAUGGUCAUCGGAAACCUUGUGGUGUUGAAUCUCUUCCUGGCCUUAUUGUUGAGUUCCUUUAGUUCAGAUAAUCUUGCUGCUACUGAUGAUGAUAAUGAAAUGAACAAUCUCCAGAUUGCAGUAGGAAGAAUGCAAAAGGGAAUUGACUAUGUGAAAGAUAAGAUACAGGAGUGUUUCCGAAAAGCCUUUUUUAGGAAGUCAAAGGUUCUAGAAAUCCAUGAAGGCAACAAAAUAGACAGCUGCAUUUCCAAUAAUACUGGAAUUGAAAUAAGCAAAGAGCUUAAUUAUCUUAAAGAUGGAAAUGGAACCACCAGUGGUGUAGGCACUGGAAGUAGUGUUGAGAAGUAUGUAAUCGAUGAAAAUGAUUACAUGUCAUUCAUAAACAACCCCAGCCUCACUGUAACAGUGCCAAUUGCUGUUGGAGAAUCUGACUUUGAAAACUUAAAUACUGAAGAGUUCAGCAGUGAGUCAGAACUAGAAGAAAGCAAAGAGAAAUUAAAUGCAACUAGCUCAUCUGAAGGAAGCACAGUUGAUGUUGCUCCACCCCGGGAAGGUGAACAAGCUGAAAUUGAACCUGAGGAAGACCUUAAACCAGAGGCUUGUUUUACUGAAGGAUGUAUUAAAAAGUUUCCAUUCUGUCAAGUAAGUACAGAAGAAGGGAAGGGGAAGAUCUGGUGGAAUCUUCGGAAAACUUGCUACAGUAUUGUUGAACACAACUGGUUUGAGACUUUCAUUGUCUUCAUGAUCCUGCUCAGUAGUGGUGCUUUGGCUUUUGAAGAUAUAUAUAUUGAACAGCGAAAGACUAUCAAAACCAUGCUAGAAUAUGCUGACAAGGUCUUUACUUACAUAUUCAUUUUGGAAAUGCUUCUCAAAUGGGUAGCUUAUGGAUUUCAAACCUAUUUCACUAAUGCCUGGUGCUGGCUGGAUUUCUUGAUCGUUGAUGUUUCUUUGGUGAGUUUGGUAGCAAAUGCUCUUGGCUAUUCAGAACUUGGUGCCAUAAGAUCCCUACGAACACUAAGAGCUUUAAGACCUCUAAGAGCCUUAUCCCGGUUUGAAGGCAUGAGGGUGGUUGUGAAUGCUCUGGUGGGAGCAAUCCCCUCUAUCAUGAAUGUGCUGCUGGUUUGCCUCAUUUUCUGGCUGAUCUUUAGCAUCAUGGGUGUGAAUCUGUUUGCUGGCAAGUUCUACCACUGUGUCAACAUGACAACGGGCAACAUGUUUGAUGUCAGCGAAGUCAACAAUUGGAGUGAUUGUCAGGCUCUUGGCAAUCAAGCUCGCUGGAAAAACGUGAAAGUAAACUUUGAUAAUGUUGGCGCUGGUUAUCUUGCAUUGCUUCAAGUGGCCACUUUUAAAGGCUGGAUGGAUAUUAUGUAUGCAGCUGUUGAUUCCCGAGAUGUUAAACUUCAGCCUGUAUAUGAAGAAAAUCUGUAUAUGUAUUUAUACUUUGUCAUCUUUAUCAUCUUUGGGUCAUUCUUCACUCUGAAUCUAUUCAUUGGUGUCAUCAUAGAUAACUUCAAUCAGCAGAAAAAGAAGUUUGGAGGUCAAGACAUCUUUAUGACAGAGGAACAGAAAAAAUAUUACAAUGCAAUGAAGAAACUUGGUUCCAAGAAGCCUCAGAAACCCAUACCUCGGCCAGCAAACAAACUCCAGGGAAUGGUCUUUGAUUUUGUAACCAGACAAGUCUUUGAUAUCAGCAUCAUGAUCCUCAUCUGCCUCAAUAUGGUCACCAUGAUGGUGGAAACUGAUGACCAGAGCAAAUAUAUGACCCAGGUUUUGUCCUGGAUCAACCUCGUUUUCAUUGUCCUCUUUACUGGAGAAUUUGUACUGAAACUCGUCUCCCUCAGAUACUACUACUUCACCAUAGGCUGGAACAUCUUUGAUUUUGUGGUUGUGAUUCUUUCCAUUGUAGGUAUGUUUCUGGCUGAGAUGAUAGAAAAAUAUUUUGUGUCCCCUACCCUGUUCCGUGUGAUCCGUCUGGCCAGGAUUGGCCGAAUCCUUCGUCUGAUCAAAGGAGCAAAGGGGAUCCGCACACUGCUCUUUGCUUUGAUGAUGUCCCUUCCUGCAUUGUUUAACAUCGGCCUCCUGCUCUUCCUGGUCAUGUUCAUCUACGCCAUUUUUGGGAUGUCCAACUUUGCCUAUGUUAAAAAGGAAGCUGGAAUUGAUGACAUGUUCAACUUUGAGACUUUUGGCAACAGCAUGAUCUGCCUGUUCCAGAUCACCACCUCUGCUGGGUGGGAUGGAUUGUUAGCACCUAUUCUCAAUAGUGCACCACCCGACUGUGACCCCGAUACAAUUCAUCCUGGAAGCUCAGUUAAGGGAGACUGCGGGAACCCAUCUGUUGGGAUUUUCUUUUUCGUCAGUUACAUCAUCAUCUCCUUCCUGGUGGUAGUGAACAUGUACAUCGCUGUCAUCCUGGAGAACUUCAGUGUUGCUACCGAGGAAAGUGCAGAGCCCCUGAGUGAGGAUGACUUUGAGAUGUUCUACGAGGUUUGGGAGAAGUUCGACCCCGAUGCAACCCAGUUCAUAGAGUUCUCCAAGCUCUCUGAUUUUGCUGCUGCCCUGGACCCACCUCUUCUCAUAGCAAAACCAAACAAAGUACAGCUUAUUGCUAUGGACCUGCCCAUGGUCAGUGGUGACCGGAUCCAUUGCCUUGACAUUUUGUUUGCUUUCACAAAGCGUGUUCUGGGUGAGAGUGGAGAGAUGGAUGCUCUUAGAAUACAGAUGGAGGACCGGUUCAUGGCAUCGAACCCCUCCAAAGUCUCUUAUGAGCCCAUUACCACCACUUUGAAGCGCAAACAAGAGGAGGUAUCUGCUGCUAUCAUCCAGCGUAAUUACAGAUGCUAUCUCUUAAAGCAAAGGUUAAAAAAGAUAUCAAGUAAAUAUGACAAAGAGGCAAUCAAAGGGAGGAUUGACUUACCCAUAAAGGAAGACAUGAUUAUUGACAAAUUAAAUGGGAACUCCACUCCAGAAAAAACAGAUGGGAGUUCCUCUACCACCUCUCCUCCUUCCUAUGAUAGUGUCACAAAACCAGACAAAGAAAAGUUUGAGAAAGACAAAACAGAAAAAGAAAGCAAAGGAAAAGAGGUUAGAGAAAAUCAAAAGUAA